AUGCUAUCAGAAUCAAAUUACUAAUUGUAAUUAAAAUCAAUGUUAAAUCUAUAAAAUGUAUUUAUGAUCAAACCAAUCAAUAAAAAUGGACAUGAUCUUAAAAUAUUAAUUGAUUAUAAUCUUUAAUAUAGUCAUUAAAUUUUAAAUAAAUAUAUAUUCAAAACUUUACCAUGCAUGUUAAAUACCAUUCCAAUAUUUAACAAAGAUAAUGAUCCUACCUAACAUGGUUUUAUUCUAUAAAUAGAUCAAGUACUAAAAAUUUAAAUAUUCUAAGCAAUCUACACAAUCCAUUUAUCCAAUAGUAGCCAUUAUAGAAAUCAAUAUGAAAAGAAACUUGCAGAAGCAGAAGUUAAAGAAAAAAUAGGAAUCUAGUAUAUUAUUAGUAUACCCAAACCAAGGCAACCAACAUUUUCUGUAAUGUUUGCAAGGAAUAUAUAGGAGAUUAUCUUCAAGUGAGUUAUUACAAUAUAUAGCAUACUGAAUUAGGAAACCAAAUAAUAAACUUUAGGAAAAAUAAAAUUGUCAAUCUAUGGUUGACGAAUUUUAGAAAACUCAAAGUAUAUCUCAUAAUAAACUGAAUCAUUCUUCCAAUUUUAAUAAUAUUGUUUAUUACUAACUCAUCUAAAUCUA